CUCAGUCGAGCGAGUUCGUUCUGCUGCACGUUUCGCGCCGCGCUGCCGAGCACUCCUCGCCCACCGCAGCGCCCGCACAGCGUUUGCCCGCUAAUGCUUCCCAUUUUGCACUCCUCACCCUCCUGCGUCAAAGCUUGCCUAGGACUGUACCCGGACACCUACGCGUCCUCGCGCUGCUGCAUCGCGAAGCUUGCUAUUCCACUGCUCUGCUGCCCGGCCGUGCUGUACGCCCUGGCACGUCUUCUCCAAUCCGCCUAUAUCGCGCCCCGCCACCACAAACGUCCAAAAUUGCCAGGACCUGCCCAUCGAACUUCCACCUGGCUGCCCAGCCAGAACGCCUGUUUUCCCGGCCUGCAGACGCUAACCUAUCCGUUCAGCCAUGGGGCUCGACGAGCAGAAGGAGGAGCGCGAGGUGCUGGAGUCGAUAUUUCCCGACGAAAUCACAGACAUCUCCGAAACUGAAUUCCGCGUAUCGAUACAGCUUGACGUCGCCAGUGAGUAUGGCGAAAAUAUAGAAGGCCCCACGUUACUGCUCAAAGUUGAAUAUCCACCGGACUAUCCUGAUGAGGCACCACGACUGGACAUCCUCGCUCCGCCUAAUGCGCCAAAGCACCAGUAUUUUGACGUCCAGGAGGACAAGGCCAAGCUCCUGUCGUCCCUAGAGCCAACCAUCGAAGAAAACAUGGGCAUGGCUAUGGUCUUCACCCUCGUCUCCUCGCUCAAAGACGCAGCAGAACUCCUCAUCUCAGAGCGGCAAAAGGCUGCGAGGACAUUAAAGGAGGCCGAGGCGGCCAAGGCCGAGGAGGAAGAGAACCGCAAGUUCCACGGCACUCCGGUCACAAGGGAAACUUUCCUUGCGUGGCGUGCUAAGUUCAAGCAGGAAAUGGCGGAGGAAGAGAGACGGCGCAGGGAGGAGCUUGAGGCUGAGGAGCUGAAGAAGCGGAAAGGUGUCAAGGAGGAAGUCAGAUUGACUGGGCGACAGCUGUGGGAGAGAGGAUUGGCUGGCAAGGCGGGCGAGGAAGAUGAGGAGGGCGAAGCCGACGCUCUUGCUGCCGCGGUGGCGACGAACGUUAAGAUUGGGGCUUGAAUCAUGGCGCGCCACGAACCAAGACCGAAAUUACCUUCCCAGAAAUAAAAUAUGCUCUCGUCUACUCAGAGACGCCCAUUAAAGAAAAUGCCAUUUUGGUACGUGUGUAGUUCUAAUCGUGGAAGAUCGGACAACCGAAUGUCACCGAGCAAAACAUCUUCGAGGCCUAGAAACGUAGUGUUCUCACACAGAUGCCCAAUUUGGAAAUUCAUGCUUCCUCUUUUCGGUAUCAUCUCGAAGUCGGCAACCAUCUACGCAUUGGUACCGCAGCAGGCUGCCAUUGUG